CGCCUCCCACUCGCCCCGCCCCUCACCCAUUAAAGCCGGGCCCCCACACCGCGGGACUAUUCACUCCGCGUGCUUUCAGACUUCCGCCUCCUUCGCCGCCGUCUCACGCACCCCUCCCCGCACAGGCCGAAAAAUGUCGGGAAGCGCCGCCACCGUGGACCCGCAGUUCAUCCUGCCCAACAGGGUGAGCGUGGUGCCGCUGGAGUGCCGCGCCGCCUUCGAGCUGCUGUCGGCGCGCGAGCGCCAGUACGCGCACUACCUGUCGCGCGCCGCCUGGUACGGCGGGCUGGUCGUGCUGCUGCAGACGUCGCCCGAGUCGCCGGCGCUCUACGCGCUGCUGCAGCGCCUCUUCCGCGCGCAGGGCCCCGCUGAGCUGGGCGAGCUGGCCACGCGCCUCGAGCUGUCCGCCGACGAGUACCAGAGUUUUCUGGUGUACGCCGCCGGUGUCUACGACAACAUGGGGAACUACAAGUCCUUCGGAGACACCAAGUUUGUGCCUGCAGUGACUAAGGACAAGCUGGAGAAGCUGGUGCUGGCCUCGGCAGCUUGUGAGAAGAACGCGGAGGAGAUGAAGGCGCUGUGGCAGGAGUGCAGCGGCCCCAUGUAUUCGCUGGCGCCGGGAGAGUGCCAGCUUGGCCUUGGCACCAAGGGGAUCUCGUCGUAUUUCUCUGGAAACUGCACGAUGGCGGACGCGGAGCUCGUGCAGAAGUUCCUUGAUGAAAAGAGCAUCAGCGCGUACAACACGCGACUCUUCAAGACUGUGGCGAGCGAUGGCAGCGUGGAGUACGAGGUCCGCCAGGCGUCCAUCGUCCAGCAAGACAAGCCAGUGGAGGGGGAGAAGGAGAACAAGUGUGGUCAGUACGAGUUUGAAGGCAAUGUGUUCAAGGUGACACGUGGAGACUACAGUCCCCUGUUGAGCAAGGUAGUGGAGAACCUGAAGAAGGCCAAGGAGUGUGCGGCCAACGAGCACGAGGUGGGCAUGCUGGCGGGUUACAUCGACAGCUUCACCUACGGCUCCAUUGACGCGCACAAGCGUGGCUCCAGCCACUGGAUCAAGGACAAGGGCCCCAUCGUGGAGAGCUACAUCGGAUUCAUUGAAAGCUACAGGGACCCCUUCGGUUCCCGUGGUGAAUUUGAAGGCUUCGUGGCAAUGGUGAACAAGGACAUGAGCGCAAAGUACUCCCGGCUGGUAGCCUCGGCCGAGGAGCUGCUGCCCCAGCUGCCGUGGCCGGCGUCGUUCGAGAAAGAUCGCUUCCUCAAGCCGGACUUCACCUCGCUGGAGGUGCUCACCUUCGCGGGCAGCGGCAUUCCCGCCGGCAUCAACAUCCCCAACUACGACGACAUCCGACAGUCCGAGGGCUUCAAGAAUGUGUCGCUGGGGAACGUGCUGAGCGCCUCGUACCAGGAGGAGCGCGAGAAGCUCACCUUCAUGUCGGAGUCCGACAAAGACCUGUACGUGCAGUGGAAGGGCCCGUCGUUCGAGGUGCAGGUGGGGCUGCACGAGCUCCUGGGCCACGGCAGUGGAAAGCUCUUCACCAAGGAUGAAAAAGGGGUUUUGAACUUCGACGUGGACAAGGUGGUCAACCCGAUAACGGAAGAAAAGAUCAAGAGCUGGUACAAGUCUAAGGAGACGUGGGACGGCAAGUUCUCGUCCAUCGCGUCCACGUACGAGGAGUGCCGAGCCGAGUGCGUGGGCCUCUAUCUGAGCCUCGACCUCGGCGUGCUGCGGAUCUUUGGGCACGAGGGCAACGCGGCGCAGGACGUGACCUACGUCAACUGGCUGUCCAUGGUGCGCGCCGGCGUGCUGGCGCUGGAGUUCUACACGCCGGAGACGGACACCUGGAGACAGGCUCACAUGCAGGCGCGCUUCGUGAUCCUGCGGGUGCUGCUGCAGGCGGGCGGUGGCCUCGUCAACGUGGAGCACACGGUGGGCGCAGACGGGCGCCCCGAUGCGCGCAUCUCGCUCGACCGCGCCAAGAUCCCCACCGUGGGGCGUACCGCCAUACACGACUUCCUGCUCAAGCUGCAGGUGUACAAGUCGACGGCGGACGUGGACGCCGGACGGGCGCUGUACGCGGCGCUGUCGGCCGUGAAUGAUGACACGGAGCUGCGAUUCCUCGCGCUGCGCGACACCGUGAUGCUGCGCAAGGAGCCGCGCAAGAUGUUCGUGCAGGUGAACACGGCGCUGAAAGACGAGGAGGUGGUCGUGACGGAGUACGAGGGCAGUGCUGCGGGCCUGGUUCACUCCUUCACCGAGCGCUUUGCCAAGGACGGGGAGCAGCUGGAGGCCGUGCUGCUGGAGCUGUCUCGCCGGGACCAGCACCACUGGAAGCAGCAGCAGUAACGCAGCUGAGUGGCGGCGGCAGCGACGUCCGCGAAACGUCGCGGGCACGAAGAUGCAGCGAGGCUCUGCGUGCGUGAACUGCAAGGUGGUGUUGGUUGUUUGGGUUGUGGUGUUGGGUGGGUGCAUAGGUGGACAGAGCUGGGCCCAGUGGCUCUGCCUACAAGUUGGUGUACCCAGGCUGCUUGGCCCACGCUGUCCCAUGCAAUUUGAGGCAUCGUUAAUGGUUGGGCACUGUCAUUGCACUCCAGUGACGCCGGCAUUGACAUAGUAAAAUUCGAUUUUUAAAAAGGGCCUUUUUGUGAUGUAAACUUCAGCUCAAGUGAGGGAUUUCCCGAGGCACGCAGCCAAGGUACAUACCUGCAAGAGAUGUUUGUUUUUGGAUUGCGUCUCCUCCUAACCCCCUCACCACAUGAUCACAACCAUAACUUGAUUAAGUAAUAAUACUGUACUUUAAUGUUUCCAAAAUUCUCCCGUGAAUGCAAAGUGCUUUAUGUAAAAAAUAAACGACUCUGCAGGGUAA